AUGGAUGACCCCAUGAAACCAUGCCAAGAGCGCAACACCUUUGCCCAGGUGUAUCCGAAUCGACAUGAAACCAUCAGCCUUGAAAGAAGCUCCAUCACCCCCUGUCACCUCCGCAUUUACGCAAGGGAGGAAAAAAGGGGAGCGGGAUGCGAAGCUUGGGGGUCGACCGGAAGAAACGGGAGCAGCCACGUCCAGACGGCCAGUGAGGUCGCGGUGCCCCGGCCGUUUUGCUUUUUCUGGCCCUUCCAGCGGGAUUUGAGAGACCUCACUGUGCUGCUUAACAUCAGUAUCAGAGUUCCCUCUGAAACAACCCCCACUGAGAAGAGGAGACGACGGGAGCUCCCUUCCGCCGACUCCACCUGUCUGUCACUGAUCCCCGUCCACAGUACAGAAGACCAGUUGCCAGGGGACGAUGCAGUGCAGAACCUUAGGGCUACGGUGUGGCUUUCCGAGACAAAGACGCUGCUUUAUGUUUGCGUGUGCGCGUCCUCUGGAGUGCAUCACAAAGAUGAUGUACUCCUAUGGAGUGGAUGGAUAUUCAGCGGGUCGAAUCCGCCCCUAAUUGCCGAUGUGCGUGCGUUCGUUGGCUAG